UUGAACUGGCUCUUUUUGCCACAAUGCCAUGAUGUUAGAUUGUCAUAUUAUGUAUAGGUCGAUGUGGAUACUGAGAAAAACUUUAUAACUAACGAUGUGGGAAAUGAACAGAAUAUAGAGUGCAGUUAUAAAGUAGUCAAUAGACUUUCACAACUUAACUGUAUUCCAAGAGAAAAUAAUCAAAUUGUGCUCGAGAUAUUCAACGUUAGUUUUCAAACAUUUCAAAUAACAUUUGGACCUUACAAUAGAUCUGUUAGUGAUAAGCCAGUGAGUUGCAUUUCGCUUAUAUAAUACUGUAAUAACUUAAGUGAGGCAACUCAACGAGGACAUAGACGUUUAUUUACAUAAAGACAUGACAAACACAAAGGGCAUCAACCUUGAGUACAGCAUCUCCAUAUUGGCUCUCUACUUGGGCGGAAAUCGUUAGUCUCCUAAUGUCAACAUCCAUCUUGCUUAGUCACAGAUAGUGCGCACCUUCUUUCUGCACUAUCUUGGAUGGCGGUGCGCAUGGCAAAGUCAUAACAAUACAUACUUUGCAGUAACUAAGUAGGCCCACAAUUUUUUUCGUUUUUUUUUUGAAAUAGAAAUGGAAGGGGAUGAUGAAGAAAAAACUACAAGCAUUAUGGAUAAAAAGCAUAAAUUGGAAUCAGACAAGUAUCUUGUAGUUAAGAAAAAUGAUGCGUCAAUAAAUAAUAACAGACAGGAUAAUAAGUCAACAUUCCAUUGUUGUCCAAGAAGAAAUAAAGUGAAACCAAAGUCUGAAAAGCAAGAGAAGAAAGAGAAUAAAUUUUUGUUGAUUGUCAAACUUGUUGGCUCGGUUCUAGAAGAAUCUGAUGAAGGCUACAGUGUCGAAUCUGAACAUAACCUUCGGAAUUUUCUUUUCAAGCUUAUUAAUUUAUUAAAAAAAGAAGAUUGUUGUCUUGUUUUGCCUAAGGGAAAUAACAACACUUUGUAUGAAUUAGUUGAAAGAAUUAGACAAACUGUAACUAAAGAAUAUGAACAAAUUGUGUUUUCAACAGAGGAAGACUUUCUGAAAUUAAUAAGUGGCUUCAGAACUCUUGAAUGUCUCCUUGUUUACAAUGGAGAUCAUAUGGAUGAGAAAGAACAGGAAGAGUAUAUCAAAAAUAAUAGAAAUAUCAUAAUUUUGAAGGAAUCUGAAAAUUUAACCAGAUUUGAGGAAGCCUUAAGUGAUAAAUCUAGUGACGUACUAAAAGGGAAAGUUCUUUCAAAGAAUUACGUCACAAUGAACAUCAACCAAACAUGGACAGAAACUUCCAUUGCACAGAAGAUAUUACAUUCCUAUUUGGGUAAAGGCACUGCAGAAGAUUUUCUUUUACUGUGCAUUCGGCUGAAUCAGUUAGAUCUUGCAGUUCAGCAUGGUGGACUGUGGAAGUUCAACUCACUGGACUCUAAGGCUAAGGAUGAGAAUAAGCUCAUAAGAAAACAGAUUGUGUUGUUUUCCAAAAGUCUUGAGCGCUUUGACUUUAUCAAAUAUCUUAUACAACAUGGAGUGAAAAUAAAAGACUAUUUAGAGAGAGACGAUAUCCUUGACAAUACAGAGAAAGACAAAACCCAUCUAAAAGAAAUAUAUUUAUUUCAAACAAAAGAUGAACAGGGAGAACAGAAAAAGCAAAAGCUGAGAUGCGAUAACUAUGACAAAACAAAUGAUCAAAGCUCAAACACAGAAAAUGAUUCCAAAGAACGCGAUCUUUACAUCUAUGCAAUCAUAACAGAAAAUUUUAAAUUAGCUGUAUUAUUAUGGAGAACAUUAUCGAGACCAACUAUAGCAGCACUGUAUGCCAUAGAAAUAAUAAAUGAUCUUAAGGCAUUAUACAAAAAGGAUCCCAACGACCACGUUUCUAAACUGGAUCAAGAAAUAAGGAACUUUGAAAACUUGGCCAUAUCCACAUUGAACAGAACCUACGCUACAAAUCCGGACAUCGUGCAUAACUUGCUCAUCUAUAAGUUAAAAGGAUCGUGGAAAGACUAUAACUGUGUGGACUUAGCGUUACGUAACAAACUUGGUAAAUUUCUAUCUCAAACACCGUGCAUCAUGCUGAAUGAAGAGAUGUGGAACAAUAGCAGCGUUCCAAGGAACAAUAGAUUCGAACAUGCUAAAAUGGAAACGUCAGCAACAUCAAAUAAGAAUUGCUGCAUUAGCAUUAUCAGUGAACUACGAGCUCCAAGAGUGAUAGCUUUUUUUCGAUUUAUCUCUCACCUUGUGUUUCUGGGAUUCUUUGCCAUUUGGAUAAUCUCCUUUCUAGCAGUUGACACUUUACACUGGAUUGAAUGGGCACUUUUGAUAUGGGUAAUAUUCUACACAGCUGAAAUUGUCCAUCAGGUUAUGAGACACAGACGGUCAUGUUGGAGUUUCAUAGAUGACAUAGAACUAGUUUCUGUUCUCUUAUUUCUCAUUUCCUGGAUCUUACAUAUCGCUGCCUACAUGCAUCAGGACAACCAACAAUUAAUGGACUGCGUUUUAACAUUGUUUAGUAUUGACUUCACGCUUUUUUGUAUUUUUACCCUAGAGUUCUGCUACAUCACGCAAUCAUUAGGGCCAAGGCUUAUUGUUUUCAUGGAAAUGGCUAAAAUUUUGUGUCAGUUUCUACUCAUCAUUUUUGCAUUCUUCAUCGCCUUCGCUGUGUCUUCACAAGCUGUUCUGUAUCCUAAGACACAACUGACUGGUCUGUUAUUUUUUCGAAUCUUCAAACGACCUUUCUGGUCAGUGUUUGGAGAUUUUACGUUGGAUGAGCUUGAACCUAGUGAAUGUACUUCUAAUGCGUCAAUGUACUUCGAUAAUGAGCAGCUACGAUGUCCUUCUGAAGUGGGAAGUAUCUACGUGCCAAUAAUUAUGGGCCUCUAUGCCAUUAUAGUUAACAUUCUUCUCUUCAAUUUAAUCAUCGCACUUUUCAACUCUGCAAUAAAAACAAAUGAGCAACAAACGGAAGAAUUAUGGCAUCGUCUGUUUAUGUCAUUUACCUGUAAACAUAGUAUACUUUUUUUUAUGAUACCACCAAUUACAUGGCUGUAUUGUCUGCUACCAGAAGAUGAGAACAACAGACGUUACCCAUUCGAAGUGGAAGGAAAGCACCUUGAACAUAUGAUCACAAUAGCAAGUAUUGAAGAACAACAAAGAGACAUGUACCUUAUAGAAGUUGAAGACAUAAAACAGAACAAAGUUAAUAUUGCUACAUCUACAGUCGUUUCACAAGACACCUACAACUAUAACACGUAUAAUACUUUUCACUCACAAGAAGAAUUAUUAAAACUCGUACAGAACGAUGUAACAUUGAAUGAAAAAAAGUUAUUAGAAGAAAGCACAAUAACAUCCACAACUAGCAUAACUGACAACGAAUUUCUAUCACAAUCAAUUGGAAAUUACAACAAAGUAACUGACAAAUUCCAAAAAAGAAAUAAAGAAGAAAAAACAAAAAUAUCACCAAAAGAAUGUUGUGACAAAGAAACUGAAACAGAUUCCACAAAAUACAACAACGAAGAAACUAAAAUACCACCAAAAGAAAGUUGUGACAAAGAAACUGAAACAGAUUCCAUAAAAUACAACAACGAAGAAACUAAAAUACCACCAAAAGAAAGUUGUGACAAAGAAACUGAAACAGAUUCCACAAAAUACAACAACGAAGAAACUAAAAUACCACCAAAAGAAAUUUGUGACAAAGAAACUGAAACAGAUUCCACAAAAUACAACAAUGAAAAAACUCAAGAACACUGCGACAUUGGUGCCCAAACAGUAAUACCAGAACCAAUGAUUGCAUAUAAAAAAAAAUAUCGUCCAUUGGUGGGCCGAAUUUCUGUUUCACCAGAUUUUCCAUCUACAAAUAGAUGGGUUGUUAAAGGAUUACGAGUUGUGAAUCGAAGAGAUAUGAAAGAUAUUUUAUCAGGUUUUCAUAAAAAGAAACAUUCUGGAUACAUUGAAAAAGUAUAUCGCUCUUACUUCUCUAAGCGUAAAUUAAAAGAUAUCAGAAAAGUUUUCAACUUCCCAAAAUGAGCAGUGUAUCCUCUGCUACAACAUGUGGAAUAAAUGGAAAACCUUGAAAAAAUACAAUAUUCAAGUUUAACGUGUAAAAUGUGGAACAUAAUGAAAAUCAUUUUAACAUUAUAAUUUUUAUUUCAAUCGUGUAUUGGAAUGCACAUGUAUAAAAAUAUUGUAUAUAUUAUUUUUGUUUUAUUUGUAUAAGCGUGGUUGAGAGGUAAGUACGCUUGAACUUGGCUUGGCUUGGCUUGUCUACCUAUGUCACCAAGUCACUGGUUUUUCUAGCUAGCUCAGGCAACCCAAUCCAUGCUCUAAUAGCGCUAGGGAAAAUGAGCUUGUGUAGAAAUUUGUCCUAGUUUAUUUUCUCUCUAUAUAAUUAAAAUUGUAUUAAACCUUAAGACAUGACGCAGUACGAUCUGUGAGCUUCAUAGUUUUCACAUACAAAACAAAUAAAACCAUUGUUUGCUGGUCGUCCAUUAAAGUUUUUUUUAAUCUUUUUUUUUUCCAGUCUUCGCCGUUAUUGCUUUUUUAUUGGUAGUCUGAGAUCUGUAUCUAGCAACCUUAGUAAAAUAUAUUAAGCUAUCUUGAUAUGAAGCUUUUAUCUAUUAUCUUUGAAGUCAAUUCACGUAUACAUUUGGUGGGGCACAUCUGUUACGCAUCCUUACUUAACAUACACUUGUGGAGCAACAGUCGAAUAUCAGUGACUCUCUACUGUCUACAGUAGAGUUUUUUUUACCGUGGUCUUAAAAUCGAUAGCCUUUAAUGGAGAGUGCACUUCUUUGGUGGAAGUUUUAUUGAUUUUCAGUACCCACGUCUUAGACUUAGAUGAAUUAAUACAGAAAUGUUGAAAAACCACUGUUUAAUAAAAGCUCACUUUUUUACCUAAUUUUUAGCACAUUUUAUAGCAAAUUUUUGUAGCACAUUUUUGUUGCACAUUUUUGUAUCAAAGUAUACCAUGACAGCCUUAUAAGAAAGCUGCGAAAGAUGAAAAUAACCUUCAACAAUCAGCUAUCUCCCUAUCUCAAAAACAUUACUACUUUUUAUAGCGUGCUACUCUGAAUCAAAACCUCCUUUGCCUUGGAAAAGGCUUCGGGAGACAACCCUGAGGAAAAAUCUUAACCAGGUGACCCUUAGGCAGAUUUUGGCACACCAUGCUACAGCCUGGCAGAGCCUGCGGUGCUACUAAUCGCAAACUGUUUCAUUGCAUGAAUUGUACCUUUCAAGUAGUUUGAGUCUCUAUAAAAAAUUGAAGUGUAAGGCUAAAUAAAUAUAGUAAAAUAUUUUUCUAAGCCUCAAACUCUAUAUGCAUGAUUCACCAAGCAGUGUAUUUAAUGAACACUUAGCCAGAUGACAGUCCAUUCUGUUUCUUCAUAUAUACAACUAUUAUUUUAUAUGCUGUUUUGAUUUAAAUAAAAUUUAUUUGAUGUGAUAGGUAAAUAUGUUUUUUUGUUA